AGGUUUUUAAGCUGACUCACAGCCCCAAGUAGGACUCUUCUGUUCCAGAGGAACACUCGGCAGGUCCAGCACAGCUGCGAGCUGUCUUCCUGCACACAGAGCACGAGCAGAGGAAGUCAAAGACGGUCACACAAGCCGACAUGAAGGUGGAAUUGCUGCCAGCCCUCACAGACAACUACAUGUACCUCCUCAUUGAUGAGGAAACCAAGGAGGCUGCAAUAGUUGAUCCUGUGCAGCCCCAGAAGGUUUUGGAUGCAGUCAAAAAGCACGGCGUGAAGCUGACCACUGUCCUGACCACACAUCAUCACUGGGACCAUGCUGGAGGAAAUGAGAAGCUCGUAAAGAUGGAGUCGGGGUUGCGCGUGUAUGGGGGAGACAGCAGAGUCGGAGCGCUGACGCAGAAAGUGUCUCACCUUACAUCACUCAAGGUGGGAUCUCUUAAUGUGAAAUGCCUCUGUACGCCGUGUCACACUUCUGGACACAUCUGUUAUUAUGUGACUAAGCCAAAUAGCUCCGAGCCACCUGCUGUUUUUACAGGUGACACGCUGUUUGUGGCUGGGUGUGGGAAAUUCUUCGAGGGAACCCCAGAGGAAAUGUACAGAGCACUGAUUGAGAUUUUGGGCAGCUUGGACCCCAAAACGAGAGUUUACUGCGGUCACGAAUACACCAUCAACAAUCUCAAGUUCGCUCGACAUGUUGAACCCAAUAACGUCACUAUCCAGGAAAAGCUGGCUUGGGCCAAGGCAAAAUAUGACAGUGGUGAGCCAACCAUACCCUCCACCAUCGCAGAGGAGUUCACGUACAACCCCUUUAUGCGAGUGAGGGAGAAGACGGUUCAGCAGCAUGCUGGGGAGACCGACCCCAUCCGAACAAUGGGGGCCAUCAGGAAGGAGAAGGAUAAUUUCCGUGUCCCAAAGGACUGAGCACCCUGCCUGGAUCACUUUAAUGUCAGUUUAAGUGUAAUUUAGACUAUUCAGAUGUUUUAGGAGUUGAAUCUUCUGUUGUGGUUGAGACAGUCAUAUUUAGGUUUUUAUUUUGUUUUAAUUAAGGAAAAAAAAGCACUUUGCCCUUGUCAAGAUGUUUUACAGCAUAUUUAUAUUAUGAUGAAGAAUAUUUAUCCUUCUAUUGCUGGCUCUCAAACUGUCACGUGUGUCACAUGCAGAUCAUUUUACAAGUAGUGGUACGUGGCUCAGAGUCUGGGCUGGGGAAAGGUCAAACCUUGAGGUCUAGGAAAAAGCACCUGUUAUUUUUGUAGGAGCCUGAUGCGAAUGCAGACAGUGGGACUGUGGCCUGAGAUGUCUUCAUUUACAACAGAGACAAAAUGCAGUAGCUACACUGCCAGCUGAAGAUUUGAACUUUUCUUCUGUGCUGCUACUUAAACAAUUCUGAGUCUGUUGCUUGUGGCUCUGCUAAACCCGGUUCUGGGUGUCAGACCUGCUCUGCCACCGCCAGCUCAGGGCUGAGUUUGUGAAAUACACGGGUCUGGGAAUAGCACAUGGGGACUGUCCAGCUUUUCUCUCUGACAUUCCCAGUCGUGGCCUGCAGUAAGUUCUCCAGGCAGCAUGCUGGCUUAGAGAUUGCACUGUUCCUUUUACCCUGUCACUUUAACUUAAGCCUGUUUGCAUGAACCUGCUUACUGCUCUUAAGUGUGAUCUGCGUGUUGUAUUAGUACCACACAAAUGAAGAAGGGAUUUGUCUGCUGGCUCAAAAUCCUGAGAAAAAACCACUUACCUAGUGCCUAAGUGCGUGUCUAACAGGUGAGCAGCGGUGAGGCUCCUCCUGCAGAGGCCUUGCUGCCGGUAGCCAGAGCAGCUGCUUUGUACCUUGCUGGGAGUAAUGUGGAGUUAUUAGCUGGGUGCUGGUCCCCAGUGAAAGCAACAGUCCUGGGGAUCACCAGCAGCAGCCGUGCUGGGCCUGGGAGACUCCGGUUUAACAGGCCUGUCUUGGAGCAGACGCUGUGUGCUGCUUGGAUUAAUCACCCUGCAGCCUUGUGUCAGGUCCAGCCUGGCUAGAGAGGCCACAGAGGUGACAUUCUAAAUGGUGAGGGGGUCCAGGCGUUGCCACAUUAAACAGGGCUCAGAUCUCGGACCCCUGAGAAGCCACAUUAGUGUGGCACGUUUCUUUGUCUUGGUUGGUCCACGGGGCUUAAAAGCUGUUUCUGUUCUUGGACUAGGGGCUGCGUGACCCCAGCUUGAAAACUGCAGGGAAGGAAUAUCCCCUCAGGCAACUUUUCUGACAGCUUGUCGAAGUGGAUUAGUAGGAUAAACUUUGGGGGAAAAUACAUCCAGUUUUUCAGUGGGUGGGUCAACCCCCUCCCGCUCUUCCCACCCUCCAGUUCAGUGUCUUUAAACAAAAGAUGAGUGGUAGGACCCAGCCUUGCGGGCUUGGCAUCUGCAUCUUUAAUGCAUCUUCCUCCUAAUUACAUUUUCUUCCUUCUUUCUUGGUCUCGGCUGCAUACUGCAGAUCUGCUCAAGUACAAGAGAUUUUCAAAGAAACGCUUUGCAUCUGGAACUAACAAAACUCGAUUUUGGUUCCAGUUUCUCCCCCUCUUCCCUGUGCAUGUUGGUGAGUAACGCCACGCUGGAGUCCGUAACUGCCUGGGUGUCACUGCUCUAACGUUGCUGUUCCAACCAUCAUGCUGAGUGGCGGUGUGUGAGCGGGGUUUGGCGUAGCACCGUUUCUUUAUUUGCUUUUAAAAGGUAAAUUUUAUGUAGGUCAGAAAGAAAAGUGGUACCUGAAACUUUACUGCCUCCUGAACUUGUGCUGCUACACUGGAGCGUGACUGUACUGAUGGUUCUUUGACAAAUGAGCAAAUAAAUAACAGCUGGAAACCGA